ACUAAAGGACAGUUCGACAGCAAUGUAGCAAUCAUUGAAUAGUUUAGUCAUACUAUGCAACGGAUCGUUAGCACAGUAUAGACGAGAGCGGUGGUCAAUGGCUAAAAUGUGUCGGGGUCUUAAACUCUGUUCCGUACAAAUUUUACGAGGACAACAACAACAAGGAGCAUCGAUGAGUCCAGUCAACAAUUUAAACACCAAUAACCCCUGGGCCACUUUCCAACGAUUCUCCAUAGUAUCAAGCCCUAACAGUAAACAGCGCGACCUGUACGAUGGAUGCUCAGAUCGAUGUCUCCAUGGCAGCCUACUAAUGGCAACUCUAGUACAUUUUUUUUAAAUAAUUUUUCUAUCCUAUCUAUUUUAGUAAUGUGAAUCGGGGUCCAAGCAACAGACGCAUACUCAAUGAUCGGACGGACAAAACAACAAUACAACGCUUUUAGACAUAUAAGGAUCAUGAAACAUACGGCUAGAUCUAAGUAUAAAGCCUAAGAUCCUAUUUGCUUUGCUUUGGUUGCUUUGGUAAUAAUAGCGUCAAAAUGUUGAUCUAGGCUUAGAUUAGAGUCCAAUAGAAUAUCUUAAUCUUAUCAGAAUGAGGAAGUGUGACGACUAUAAGUUUGUAAUUGUAUUUUAAAGAGUGCUUACUGCGAGAGAAGGAUAUAACAGUACUGCUGUUGGCAGAUAACAUAUUCGCAAAACACCAAGAUUGGAACAGGGAGACAGAGUACUGCAGUUUUUAAACAGUCACUACUAUUUCUGAUCGCAGAGUACAUUUUUAAAUCGUCAGCAUAUAAUAACGUUGAACCUUUCCCGGUACUGCCAAAGCUACGUAGUUGAACAAGAUAUUAAACAGUCACGGACCUAGUACGCUUCCUUGAGGGACAUCUGCAACAUUGGAAUAAUCUUGCAAGAUGCUAUCUCCUAUCUUGACGAUCAAGGUACGAUGGCAGAGAAAAGAGAUGAUCCAUUGGACUAAAUCCAAGUCAAGUUGAGUAGCUGCCGUGCAAAGAUGAUUAACUCUAGUAGCUGCUGUGACAAAGAUGAUCUAUCGCCUUUUUUGAAAACAGGAAAACCCCAAGCUUUCCUCUUUCAUAGUGCAGGAAAAUACCCCGAACAAAGUGACUUGUUGUACAAAGAAGUUAGAGUUUGAGCCAGGGAUCUUGAUGCACUUAGCUACAAUAAUUACCGGGUAUGCUGUCCGGACAACACGCCGUAGACAGCUUCAGUCCCGAGGCAGCUAGAAGAACAUCUUCAAGUAGGACGGCAGAGAAUCGACGACGCAGUCUGCCGAAAUUGCGCGUAUUUUAAUUUUUCCCGCUAAACUGCUGACCAGUGACCGGUCGGUGACACUGCCGCUGCGACACUGUCUACUAUGUGCUGCCCAGAUUGGUCGUCAACACGGAACGCACCCCGGGGAAGCUGUCGCUGUUCCGCGUCUGCCGGAAGUAAUCAGUUUUUGGGGCGUAAGUAUAGUUGAGCAGGGCCACGAUCAACGUCUUGCGCUGAAUUGAGCGUGUCGCAACGCGUAAAGCGCGGCAACGGCCACGCAUUGACCAUUCGCUGCGCAUUCGUGUUUUGCGUGUCCACCAAAGGUGUGUGUUUGGGGAUCGGAUUUUUCCGUUUCUCGCAAGCAGCAGCCGGUGUCUUUCUUCCACUCUCACACACACACACACACACACACACACACACUCGUCGUGUUUGGGAUGAAUGGGUGGAAUGAGGAAGCGAAAAUAAAUACUGCUCGAUCAUGUUCUUCCGGCGCGCGGCCGCAAAAGAAGAACCGAAGUGCGCUCAUGCGUGCCGUGGUCUUGAAAAAUGCGGCUUUGCGGCAGUACACAGCGGUGACAACUCAGCGCGGGCCGGAGAUCCAUGAAUGUUACUCCCUAGCCUCCCCCUCUUUUUUUGGAGUCGUUUUGGAGUAGAACAGUGAUGUCAAACUCGCUUUGUGCCGCGCUCCAGAAUGUAGUAAUAAUAAGCUUGCGCUGAUUUCAUAUUCCAGUUUUGAAUCUUUAUUAAAAUCUAACCUUUUAUUACGAAAAACUUAAAAAAAAUAGGCAGAAAGGAUGAGUAGGUUGUGGAGGUUUCUUUUAGUGUCAUAAAGAUUUUAAUCAAGUAUUGACUUAAAGGGCAUAUGAAUGAUUUUCCACUAUUUUGGAAGCAUUUUCAAUUAAUAAAAAAAUUAGUGGUUGUUAAUUUGUCCUUAGUCAUUGCUUUCCAUCGGUGAAAAUAAAGACAAAUCCUUGGACCUAGAAUCAUACCUACAUAUGUUGAUAGGCUUCAACGAAUCGAUUCAUGACAAAUAAUAUCUCAUACAUCGUUGAUUAUGUUAAAAUAAGGAACAGGGAAAUAACAACUUUUCUACUUCAACUUCAUGCAAUGGGAAUUAGACUCUAUAGCACCCUUGUUGCACAAAACCAAUAGAAAUUUCCAAGGAGCUUGUCCAAAAAGGGUGCCAUAGAGUCCAAUUUCCAACGUUAUGAAGUUCACUUCUAAUAGGAAAGAGCCAAGGAAGUGUCCCGCAACUAUGAAAACCACUGGAAAACCCUGUAUAGCUUCAGUGGUAGUCGUCCUAAAUCGAAAAUUUUAUAACUAUUAUACAUUCCUCCACAUAAAAACACACAUAAAAACAUAAAACUUUAAGCCUUCAUGAACAGUUUUUUAAACCCCUUGGUUGAGCGAGAGUGAGCCAUUAUGUAGUUUUCCAAACUGUCCAAAAUGGGUGAAAAUAUGAAGAGUCUAUCUUUAGCCUCCCGCCACUUACACUAAAAAACACACGCUACAUGUCCUCUUUGCGGUUGCCUUACCAAAGAAGCCACUAUGAGUGAAUUACUUGAACUAAUAAGACUCAAUGUCCAAAGCGAAACAACAUUAGCACAACCAUUUUUUAUGAUCUACAAUCUAUUCCUGCUUCAUGCCGAAAUAACUGCCGAACUUCUUCGUGGGCCGAAUUAAAAGCCUUCGCGGGCCGUAUGUUUGACAUGUCUGGAGUAGAAUCUCGAACACAGAACGGGACACGAAAGUUGAACUUUGCGAUUUUUGGAGCCGGGCUGCCGGGCGUUAGCAUAAAGGGGGAAGACGCUUUUUGUCGCCGAACGAAAGAGUGGGGUGGUGGAACGAAUAGUCAAUGGAUGGCGUUGCGAAGAUUGCCACUUCCCUGGCCCUGGCCCUGGUGAACCAGCAGCGGGACGCCCGGGGGCCGAAGGUUCUAUUUAAGCCUACCAGCCGACGCUCGCCACGGUCAGUGUGCUCCCGAGUGUCUUCCCGCGUGGUGUGGUGUGCAGUUGUUCGUGAACCAAAAAAAGAAAAAAAGAAUGUUGCUCAACAAUCGGUGCAAGUGUCCGUGCUCGGUGGCCCUGCUGGUCUUGGGUUUGGUGUGCAGGCUGGCAAUCGCACACGCCUACCCGUACGCGGACGAUUUCCCGUACCAGGUGCACGGUCGACCCGUCGCCACCGUGUCGGGCGGCUCUAGUUCGGCCGGCGUGAAGAAGCUCGUCGCCGGCAGCUCGCAGGAUGCGCGCGGCGAAGGUGGCAGCGAUGCGCGCGACCACCGGAAGGAGCACGCGUUCGACGAGGCGGGCAGCAUCGGGUCGGCCUCGGACGCGGUCCGCUACCAUCAACUCGACAAUCAACUGGACGGGCACCGGGUGGUGGACGCUAGUAAGGGCAGCACGGUCGACAAGGUGAAGCAUCUGGCGGGCGAAAACUUCGAGGCGGACAAGUCACACAACCGAAAGCACAUCAAGUCCGGCUUCAGCAACUCGUACCACAAGGACGAGAGCGGCAGCAAGAGCUCGUACUACGAGGACUCGGACGACCACGGCGGCAAGCAGGUGUACGACAACCGGCACAACCUGCGCAACGACUACGCGGACAAGCUGUACAGCCAGGACCGGCGCAACGACUACCUGCGCGACCAUUACGAUGAUCGGGCGUCGGGCAGCGAGCUGCUCGGUGGGCACCACUACCGGCGGGUUGGGGCGCUCGACCGUGGCAACGCAUACGGACAUCGAGACGGCUAUGCUCACAACGACCACAGCGAUCAGCACUACGGCACGCAGUCGUACGAUGGGUACGAUCACUAUCAGCCGGCCGCCAACUAUCACUACGACGAUCUGUACCGGCGCCGCUCGUACUACGAUCCACGGCCCGCCUUCGCGACCGCUCCCCUAGCACCCGCCCCCAUUACGAUCUACGAGGAUCCCCGCGACUACGCCCCGUACCCGGCGGCGCUGGCCUCGUCCUAUCCAGCGCGCGAAAUCAGGGACGGCUCGGCCGUGCUGAGCCGGGACGAGAGCAGCUACCACCAUCACCAUCACCGCCUGCACCAGGACCCGGCCGCGGCCGGUGGUGGUUCGUUCGGGCAGCGGCGCCGACUCAUCUACCGGCCGAGUCCGGUGGCCGCCGCCGCACCGUUGCUGAACGGCGGUUACGGCCGCUACUGAAUAACUUCGCCCAGUGGGCAAUCCCAUUUUUUUAGGUUUAGGCAAGCGUCGAGCGACUUUGUGAGAAUGGGAAAAUAAGAUUUCCAACCAUUUCCAACGUGUGUCGCGACGGUAAAGUAUUGAUUUUAGCUGUGUAAUAUUUCGCCUGUAGGACGAAUUCGAUUCGAUUACCAGGACGCUGGCCAUAGUUGGCGUUCUGACACGAAAUAAAACAAUAAAAAGAAGCUUUGACGAUAUAUCGCUGAAGCUUCAAUGAAACUAUC